AAUUAAUGCAUCCUCUCCUCGGAUAACUGUGCUAUAAAUUAGAGUUUGCUGAAAUAGAUUGAAGAGCCAUAACUUUUAACAAGUUUUAAAAGAAGAGGAUACAAAACAGCUGGUCGAAAAGAACAUUUCAUCCGCAUCGUAAAGUCAGUGAAGUGUCCCGGGCAAGUAGCGUUUAUUGCUUCGCGUUCGAUGUUCAGGAUACCUUAUCCUGGCUACAUGUUUCAACUUGGAACGUCUUACAAUUUACAUCAAAACUACAAAUCUGAACAGAAUGAAAAGGUAGGAAAAUCUUUCUGCUACGAGAAGAAAAUACACGGAAGUAGAUCAUUUGUUGUCCCAUAUAUUUGCAAUUAUUUAAAUUUACCAUUGGUCCACGAUACAACGGGAUCAAGGUGGGUUGGAUCUGAAUAUUUGGAACGGGCUAGAGUACCCCCAUCAAUCUCUUGUCGGGCUGGAACGGCCGUUUGGAUGCUCGCAAAUCCACGUCGUUUAGGUGGCCGGUGCAUUAAACGGGAUUUAUAUUUCCUCGAAUAGCAAGCGAAAGGAUCGAUCGGUAUUGUCGGCUGGAAACGGUACCAUUUUGCAUCUUAUUUAAAGCAUCGGUCCCGCGGUGUGGAAACGUCGCGAGCCAAUAGACGAGCAUAUUCCGUUGGAUGAAGCAAGUUUAUAGCGUAGCCGCUUUUGUCGUCCCUGGUCCAUCAAAUUUCGAUUCCAUCCAGGAAUUAUUACGACUGGUACAAUGAAUUGAACUUUUGAGGACCAACCAAAUAGAAAAAUAAAGCUCUGAGUGUGCAAUUUAGAACAAAUAUGUAAAAGGACCUACUGCUAUAUAAAAGGACAGCCCCUUUUUCGUUUGGAACCGCUAACCCCGAGAACUACUGGACCAAACGCUAUCAACUUUUAACUACAUCAUCUUCAUGGUCCCCGGAAGGUUUAGCAAUAAUAAAAUCUACCGAUUUUUCAUUAAAAUGUUAUUAUGCUAUUAAUAAAGUGAUUUAUGAUAUGUGAAUCCUCGUUGCGCAUGCGCUCUUACCGCCAGCAGCCGCGCAUGCGCUCUUGCACCGCUAGAGUGUAGUUUGAGAAUCAUCCACUAGAGGGCGAGCGACAUUACAAGCGAGUUGGCGAGUUGUACUCGCUACAUCAAUUAUUACUACAAAUUCUCGAAGUUUUUAUUUAUGAGAGCGGGUGAAGCCGCGACGGGGAUGCUACUAUAUAUAUAAAUUAAAAAUAUAAUGAAAAAUAUAAUGAAAAAGCGGGUGCUAUAUUAGAAGAUGUUGGAUAAAAAAAUGAAUUGUUAAAAUUUCGAUCAAAAAGAAGUAUUGUAAUUGCUUCUGCCAGAACAAUGGAACCAAAGAAAAGUUUGAUGAUGUCUGUCUCAAUUUCAAAACCAAAGGGCAGGAGCCUCGAUCCAGUAGACAAACGACGAUCGUUCGAGAUUGCGUCCGUCACGAUCUUUCCUGGAGGAUCGAGCGACUUCGUGGUACUCGACGAUAUCUACGGGAAUACGAAAAGCGAAAAGGGUUCGGUGGUAACAGUUGGACGGGCCGCAUAAAUCAGUUGCACGAGCUUCUCGAGAGAGAGAGGUGUCGAGUCCGGCAGACCGAACCGUCAAUAAAAUGCCAAGUCGGAAAGAUAAACUUAAAGAUAAGCCGCCUUCGGAUCCGCGCAGAGAGUACUUGGACGCUGAGUCCACCGACGAAGAGGAGAGCCAGCAAAAAAUUGAAGAAAUAGAAGAGGAACUCCGACCAAUUUACGACGAAAACGAGAUAGCAACACUGAUAAGAUGCGUCAAGGAUAUGACCACUUUAAGUGGACUGACCAACGCCCAUUGGACCUAUUAUACCGACGUGAUGAUACGACAAUUCUUCGAGAACCCGAACACCCCGAUGCUCUGCGUUUACUACGUGCGCAACAAACUCGACAUCUCGUUCAUGUUUCCUCUGACCCCGGUGCACCAGCUGACAUUCUUUGUCCGAGAGCCGCAAGAGAUUCUGCGAGCGGAUAACUUCCGGGAUCGCGUGUUGUUCGGCUCGGUGAACGACAAAGUGGAGAGCUACAUUUUGACGGUGGUGCAGAACGUGUUAACUCCGAUCUUCCUGAAGAUCGAAACCUGGCCAGACAGUAUCCUAUCGCUGUUUAACUCGUGUUUAAUUAGUCUGCCGCGAAGGAAAGUUGGCGGAUAUCGCGGAACCGGUUGCGUAACGAUGCUUCAACGAGAAUCGAGUCUCGAAACUUUUCCGUCCUAUCACGAGCUUAGCUUCGAUGCAUUUGAAAUAAUGAAGCGACUUCCGGCCGAACGAAACGCAAUCGUUGCUGACUGGACGAGUAACCUCGUUCGCACCUACCACGAGCAAACAUCGAGGAGAAAUUUAGCAACGGGCGAGAGUUGCACACGAAAUACAUGCGUGAAGGCGGAUUUUUACACCCACAUGGACACCUUCCUGUGUAACUUAACGGACCUAACGUACAAAAUGCUGGGCUUAACGGUGAUAUAUGUACCAUCGGAGGGUGUCGACCUCGCCGGCGACGAUAAGGAAUUGCUCAAGAGGCUUGGGGGUGUGGUGGCGCACUGGACCACCCAGAUCAGGCUCGCCCUAUCGGACCAGGAACAAGCAACGCCGAAUGAGUUAUUGUGCCUUCACGACGAAUACGAAUUUUGGAUUUAUCGCUACGACAAUCUAUGCGGUUUGAAUUACCAACUUCAAAAGACCACCGUGAAGAACAUAGUAGAGUUUCUAUUGCGCAAUCACUCGACCUACGUGAGACAAUUCGUCACCCUUAAGGAGGAGAUCGAGCAAGGAGUUAAGGAGGCGAGAUCCAACAUCGAGUACCUUCGAGUCCUGGUGAAACCUACGGUUGAAUUGAACCAAUGCACCGAGCCAGCGAGCGUCGAGCAACAUCUGAUGAGAAUGAUGCACCUGUUCAGAACGAUAUGGCUGAACUCACCGUAUUAUAACAGCUACGAGAGGGUGGAGAACCUGUUCAAAGCUCUCAGCAAUCAGAUUAUCAUCCUCUGUCGAAAUUAUAUCGAUCUAACGGAGUUGUUCCAAGGAAAGACCAGAAAAUCCAUGGGGAAGUUUAGAGAAUGCAUCGACAGCUGCAAGAACUACAAAUUGCUCUAUGAUAAAAUAGCACACGCUCACAACGUACUGACCCAUUCACCGUGGGAUUUAGACAGGGACAAUAUAUUCCGUCACACCGAUGUUUUCAUCAGCAGGUGCCACGACAUGAUUGAGAUCUGUCAGGCGAUGAUCGAUUUUGCCAGAAUGGACGAAACGACGGAAAUGGUGAGGCCGAUAUUCAGCGGUACCUUGGGCGAGGAACACGAGAGGGUGUGUCUAAAGGUCGAGAGGCUGUUUCAGCAGGCUCUGCGAAAUAUCGAGCAGAACUCUGGCAGGAUCUUAGACGUUCAUUACGGGAUGUGGCACGACGACAUACUUGCAUUUCGUGUCGAGAUGAAAGAUCUCGAGAUUAUAAUUGAAAAUCUGGUGGCCACCGUCUUCCAAGGAAUGAACAACGUACAAGAGGCAGUCGAGAAUCUCCAAGGAUUUUAUAAUUAUAUGAAUCGCGAGAACCUGAAGAGCGUGUUCGAAGCGACGACCGCUGAAAUAUGGAAGCUCUUCAGCGACGAUAUCCAGAGCACCAAACAGGAGAUCCUGGAUGAGACUGAGAAAUAUCCUUCGAUGACACCGUACUACGCGGGCAGAGCUUUGUGUCUCAGGAUGAAGGGUGCUCGUCUCCAAUCGACCAGGGAAUUAUUGGAAGAAUCUAUAUGGAUGCCUUACUGCGGCCUCAGCGUAGAAGUGUACAAUCAACACGACAUAUUUAUGAAAACCAUCGAAGACUUUGUCCAUGAUAUUUACCAUAAAUGGAUCUAUCAAGUGGGCGACAAUCCUCGGGCAAAGUUAGAUCGAUUUUUAAUGAGACGCAGCGAUUCGAAUUACGGAUUGCUCGAGUGCAACAUCGAUCCAGAUAUUUUGAGCCUCUGCCACGAGGCAACACAUUGGAUCAAUCUGAAAUUCACCAUACCUGUUCACAUCCGGAUCAUUUUUGACAAAUGGGACAGCCUGCACUUCGCCUUCGAGGGUGUGAUCGCUGUAAUCAUCGGUUACAAUAAAGCGAUACAAGCAUUGUCCGUUACGGAACAAGAGCUGUUCCGUGAGCUAAUUCGCCAGCUAGACAGGAAGAUCAAUCCUGGCAUAGGCAGGCUGACAUGGAACUCCGAGUACAUGGACGCAUACAUCGAGGAUUGCUUUCACGAAACGGCAAAUUUGCAAGAGUUCAUCGAUGUUUACAAGGAAUCGAACUUGGAGAUCAUGAGAUUAUGCGAGAGCCUCUGCGUAACCAGCAUGAUUAAAAUUAGACCGAAUUACACGUACACUUUGCAGGAAUUGCAGGAGGAAUUGAUAACGUGCAGGGAGGAGGCGUUUGAAACGAUAAAAGAUAAACAUAGAAUGAUCAUCCAAUAUGUACUGGUUAUUUACGACGGAUUCAGAAAAGUCAUAGAAGAUACCCUCGACGAAUGGAAGGUGUACUUGAACAGGAUCGACCUGUUGAUCAGCGAAUCGUUUAGAUUAUGUCUAAGAGGAUCUCUGGAGACCGUGUACAAUGCUCUUCACGGAGAUGGCACGACACCGCCAUCGCCGCUCAUUUUGGUGCACAUCGAUCUGAUCGACAACAAGAUAAGCUUCGUCCCAGAUUUAACAGAAAUCUCCACGAUCAUCUCGACCAUCUUCGACAACCUGUUGGAACCCGUGAAAAAGUUUCAUCGUCUGGUAGAUAAAUUCCGAUUGAACUUAGCCAUCCCUCCGUUUUGGAAAUUUUACGAGACCGACGUAGAGAUGCUGAAUCUUCAACAGAAGCUCAACGAUGAGGUGAAUUACUGUUUUGUUCAGGUGCAAAAUUAUCUGAAAGCCUGGGAACCCUUUCAUGAAGUGUGGGAGGUUAACAGAGAGAUGUACCUGCAGAGGUACGAGAAACUGAAGCCUACCCCGGAAACCUUCGACGCAGACAUCAUCAGGUACUUGAUAAUCGCGAACAAUGUUCAAGUCCAGGAUACAGUGAUGACUGUGCACUUCCUCGACGUGAACGCGGAUGGACUGAAGGGCGCUAUCGUUGAAGAAUGUUCCGUCUGGCAGCAAAAAUUGAUGACGCUUUUGUUGAGACAAACGGAGAACAUGAUGAACCACGUUUAUCACUACAUCGCGGAGAACUCGAAGAAAAUCCAAAAGGAGCCGACAGAUCUGAUCAGCAUGCAAUACGCGAUGCAAUUGUUCCAGAGGCUGACCUCGGAGAUUCCUCGGGAGGAAGCGGAGUUCCCGAAGAUCCAGGAACAAUACGAUUCUUUACACAAGUACGAAGUGCAGAUGUCGUUCGACUUCAGACGGAAAUUGCAAGAUAUUCAGCCUUCCUGGAACGCGUAUCUGGAGAUCCUCGGCAUCGCUGAAGGAAUGCUACUAGAAAAAAAGGAGGAAUUCAAGAAACUCUUACUGAACGAUACGGUGAUGUUCAAGGACGAAGUGAUAGCGCUGGUUGCCAAAUUUGCUGACACUGGCCCGUUUACAUCCGAAUGGCUCGCGAAAGAUGCUUUCACCUGGUUAGCACAUAUUCGUCGAGAAAUUUUAGGCCUAAGGAGCAGAGAGAAUAAUCUGAAGUCACAGUUGGCUAUGUUUGGCAUCAGUCAUCCUGAUUACGCCGAACUCAAACUACUUGAAAAGGAUUUAGAAGCAAUCGAGCUGGUGUGGGAGGUGACCAACGAAUGGAACAUGGCAUGGGACAAAUACAGGACGGACAAUUUUUGGGAGAUCGAGAUGGACGAAAUGGAGAACACUGCGAACGUUCUAUUCAGAAAGCUAAAUCGCCUUAGUCGAGAACUCAAGGACAAGAACUGGGAGAUCCUUGAACACUCGAGGACACGAGUGGACCAGUUCAGACGUACCCUUCCUCUGAUCACCGACCUGAAGAACCCAGCGAUGAGGCCGCGGCACUGGAAAAGGGUCAAAGACAUCGUCGAUCGCGAUUUCGAUGAAACAUCGAAUGAUUUCACCCUGGAGGUCAUUGCUGAAAUGCAACUGCAGAAUUUCGCUGAACAAAUCAGCGAGAUUUCCUAUUCGGCUACCAUGGAAUUAUCUAUUGAAAUUGGCCUUCAACACAUCCGCGAGAUCUGGUCAAAGAUGCCCAUAGAAAUGGUUCCGUAUAAAGAGAAAGGUAUAUUCAGAUUGAGGACCAUGGAUGAAAUAGUGCAAGUUCUGGAAGAACAUCAGAUGCAGUUGUCUGCUAUGAAAACAACAAGGUUCGUCGAGCCCUUUGCCUCGGACGUCGAUUAUUGGGAACGAACCCUUUCGACCAUAAACGAGGUCCUCGAAAUGACCAUGAUAAUUCAACGUGGCUACAUGUACAUGGACAAUAUAUUCACCACAGAAGAUAUCAGGAAACAAUUGCCCAAGGAAACCGAUGAAUACGACAAAUUGACCAAACUGUGGAUCGAAAUCACUUCGCGAAUGGCGGACUUCGGGUUGGCUCUACAAGCCACGCACCAACCACCCGGCCUGCUCGAUGUUCUGAUUAAAAUCCACGACCAACUGGAGUUGAUGCAACGAACCCUGGAACAGUACCUCGAGACGAAACGACACGUGUUCCCCAGGUUCUACUUCAUCUCCAACGACGAUCUCCUCGAGAUACUGGCGAACGCGAAGAAACCGGACCUCAUACAGCCCCAUAUCAAGAAACUGUUUGAAAAUAUUAAAUCUCUGAACCUGAGCAAAUCUCCAACUGGCAAGAACCUAGCCAUAGGAAUGUUCUCCAUUGAAGGAGAAUACGUCAGCUUCUCUCAACCGGUGCUCCUCGAAGGACAAGUAGAGAUAUGGCUAUGCGACAUAGAAACCGCGAUGAGAGCGACCCUGCGCGAGGUGCUGCGACAGUGUCGAGCCGCCCUUCGAAAAAUGAUCGCGAAACGCGACAAGUGGGUGAAAGACUGGCCGGGCCAACCAGGAAUUACAUCCACUCAGAUCCAGUGGACGGCGGACUGCACCCGUAGCCUGCUGCACUGCAAAUUGGUAGACUCGAGACGACCGUUGAAAAAACUUCGAAAACGACAGAAUCAAGCGCUGAACAAGUAUUCGGAGGCGAUCAGAAGCGAUCUGACCCAAUUAGAUCGAUUGAAGUUGAAAGCGAUCGUGGUGAUCGAGAUACACGCGCGAGACGUUAUCGAGAAGAUGUACCGAGCGAACUGCAAAGACGUGUCAGCAUUCGAGUGGCUGUCGCAGCUGCGGUUUUACUGGGACAAAGACAUCGACGACUGCAUCGUCUGGCAAACGAACACGUAUUUCAUCUACGGAUACGAGUACCUAGGAAAUACCGGACGUUUGGUGAUAACACCUCUCACGGAUCGAUGCUACAUAACGCUGACCACAGCCCUACACCUUUAUCGAGGGGGUAGUCCGAAGGGACCAGCUGGCACUGGGAAAACCGAGACGGUAAAGGAUCUCGGGAAAGCUCUAGGCUUCAACGUGAUCGUUCAGAACUGUUCCGAAGGACUCGAUUACAAAAGCAUGGGAAAAUUGUUCGCUGGAUUGUCGCAGACCGGCGCCUGGGGUUGCUUCGACGAAUUUAAUCGAAUCAACAUCGAGGUUUUAUCAGUCGUCGCGCAACAGAUACUCUCGAUACUUACCGCCCUCUCGCAGAAACUCAGCAGAUUCGUGUUCGAGGGAUGCGAAAUAUCUCUGGUUCAAACCUGCGGCAUAUUCAUCACCAUGAAUCCCGGCUACGCGGGCCGCACCGAACUUCCCGACAAUCUGAAAUCCAUGUUCAGACCUAUCUCGAUGAUGGUACCAGACAGUAGCAUGAUCGCCGAGAUCAAUUUGUUCGGCGAAGGAUUCGGGAACACCCGUGUUCUGGCCAGAAAAGUGUUCACUUUGUACACGCUGGCUCAACAACAGCUUAGCAAACAGUAUCACUAUGACUUUGGAUUGAGAGGUAUAGUAACGUUGACCAGGUACGCUGGUAAGAAGAAGAGGCUUUAUCCAGGCUUACCUGACGACGAGGUGAUCAUCCUCGCGAUGAAGGAUAUGAACAUCGCUAAACUCACCUCAGACGACUUACCAUUGUUCCUUGGUAUCACCGGUGACCUCUUUCCGGAUGUGGAGGUGCCGACGGUGGAUUACGAGGAAAUUAUCAGUUAUAUAACCAAGGAGAUGGCGAAGUUAAAGCUGCAGCCGAUUCCGAUGAUACUGACGAAAGUGAUCGAACUGUACGAGACGAAGAGUUCUCGCCACUCCAGCAUGAUCGUAGGCGAGUCUAACACUGCGAAAACAGCCACGUGGAAGGUGUUGCAGAACACGAUGACCAGCAUGAGAAACGACAAGAAAGCCGACUUCAAUUUCGUUCACGUGUACCCCAUUAAUCCGAAGGCGUUGAGCCUUGGUGAACUUUAUGGGGAGUACAAUCUUGCUACAGGAGAAUGGCACGACGGAGUCAUAUCGUCGAUCAUGCGGAAAACCUGUUCCGAGGAUACCCCGGACGAGAAAUGGAUACUCUUUGACGGCCCUGUGGACGCGGACUGGAUCGAAAAUAUGAACAGCGUAAUGGAUGACAACAAACUUCUGACGUUGAUAAACAAUGACCGAAUCACCAUGCCCGAUCAAGUGUCCUUAUUGUUCGAGGUGCAGGACCUCGCCGUAGCUUCACCAGCCACGGUCUCCCGUGCAGGCAUGGUGUACAACGAUUACAAGGAUCUAGGCUGGAGACCGUACGUGAAUUGCUGGCUACAAAAAUACAAUGCCAAAGUAGAAUUCACAGAAGAGAUGAGAAACCGGUUCGAAGAACACGUAGACCCAACCCUCGAAUUUAAACGGUUGAAAUGCGAAGAAUUGAUCCCAGUACCCGAAUUGAACGCCGUUCAAUCCCUCUGCAAGCUUCUGGAAGUACUAGCAACCCCGCAAAACGGGGUUGAAUUUCUAGGCGACAGAGAUUCGUUCAACAUCAUCUGCAAAAUGUGGUUCCUCUUUUGUAUGUUAUGGUCAGUAUGCGGAUCGGUCAACGAAGAUGGUCGUUAUAGGGUGGACAAUUAUAUGCGAGAAAUCGAGGGUUCCUACCCCCUUCGCGACACGGUGUACGAGUAUUUUGUAGAUUCAAGGCUACGUGCAUUCGUCUCCUGGGAGGAGAAAUUGUCUCAAGUUUGGAAGAUCCAAGCAGGCACACCGUUCUAUAAAAUAGUCGUGCCGACCGUGGACACCGUUCGAUACGAGUACAUCAUAAGCUCCUUGCUAAGGAAUGAAUUUCCGGUUAUGAUCGUUGGUCCUGUAGGUACAGGAAAAACAUCGGUAUUGCAGUCGGUUCUUGAUUCCCUGGAUACUAAUAAGUAUAGUGUGCUCACGUUGAACAUGUCUGCUCAGACCACUUCAAGGAACGUCCAGGACACGGUGGAAAGCAGGAUGGAGAAACGUAUGAAAGGGGUGUACGUUCCCAUCGGUGGUAAAAUCUUGAUCGCGUUUAUGGAUGACUUCAAUAUGCCCAUGAAAGAGAUCUAUGGCUCGCAGCCACCUUUGGAACUGAUUCGACAAUUGAUAGGAUAUGGAUUCUGGUACGAUCGUGAGAGACAGAACAAGAAAUAUUUACAAAAGGUGCAAAUGAUGGCAGCUAUGGGUCCUCCUGGCGGAGGUCGUAACGUUAUUACUAACAGGUUGCUCACGAAAUUCAAUGUCCUCAACACAACGUUCCCUGUCGAGAAGCAGAUCGUAAGGAUCUAUGGCACGAUGCUGGAACAGCAUAUUGGAGAGUUCCAUGCAGAAGUGAAAGGGAUAUCUAAUGAAAUAACUCAUGCUACCAUUGAUAUGUACAAUCAUGUGAUCCAAACGAUGUUACCUACUCCAGCGAAGAUGCAUUAUCUGUUCAAUUUGAGGGAUAUAUCAAAGGUAUUUCAAGGGCUGCUUCGAAGUCACAAGGAUUACCAGUACUCCAGGCAAACGUUCCUUCGUCUAUGGAUACACGAAGCGUUUCGAGUGUUCUGCGAUCGUCUCAUCGACGAAAAAGAUAGAGAGUGGUUCGUCGAGCAGAUCAAUGAUCAACUUGGAAAGUACUUCGAGUUAACCUUCGGCAACGUCUGCCCUGAGAAAAGAAGCCCUGUGUUCGGUAGUUUCAUGAACGCCUGGGACAUAUACGAGGACCUAACCGACAUUGCUGCUAUGAGGACUUACAUAGAAAAACAAAUGGACGAGUACAAUGCAUCGACCGGUGUAGUUCGUUUGAAUUUAAUUCUAUUUCGUUACGCGAUCGAGCACAUAUGUCGUAUCGUUCGUGUGAUAUCUCAGCCCCGUGGUAACAUGUUGCUAGUAGGGAUCGGGGGAAGCGGUAGACAAUCGUUGUCAAGAAUCUCCAGCUAUAUGUGCGAGUUAAGCAUCUUUCAAAUUUCGAUCACGAAGCAGUACAGACUAGCGGAAUUCCGCGAAGACUUGAAAACGUUGUACAUGAAGAGCGGUGUGGAGGGAAAACCGUGCACGUUCCUCUUCAACGACACGCAAGUGGUCGAGGAACAGUUUCUGGAGAUCGUUAACAACAUGCUGAGCACAGGAGAAGUAACCAAUUUGUACAAGAGCGACGAGCUGGAGGAGAUUAAAAAGAGGCUGACGAAGGAGGCGACGAAGGCUGGACGAAUACCAACAACGGAAGCGAUCUAUUCGCUGUUGAUCGAACGGUCGCGUGCCAAUAUGCAUUUGAUCCUUUGCAUGAGCCCGAUCGGGGACGCGUUCAGGAACAGAUUACGCCAGUACCCGGCCCUGAUCAACUGUACGACCAUCGAUUGGUUCCUCGAAUGGCCAAGGGAAGCUCUCCUCGAAGUUGGCAACAAGUUCCUCAUGAAUCUCAAUCUGACGCUCACUAUCACCGGCGAAAAUAAAGUGGAACCUCGACAAUCCGCCACGGCGUUACCUUUGCCACCUCUUCAGGAACGAAUGCGCGACGGAAUCGCGUCGACUUUUUCUCUGAUUCAUCAAUCGGUGUCACGGUUCUCUAGUAGAAUGAUCCUGGAAAUGAAACGAUACAAUUACGUCACCCCGAUGAAUUUUCUUGAAUUGGUAGCAGGAUAUAAAACAAUGCUGGAGGAGAAAAGGCAGGAUUUGGCGAGCCAAGCGAACAAACUUCGCAGCGGUCUCUCCAAGAUCGACGACACUCGUGUUAAAGUGAACGAAAUGGCUGCGGAGCUGGAAAUCACACAGGAACAGGUUCAUAAAUCUACCAGGGAAUGCGAGGAGUUCCUCGUAACGAUAGUGAAUCAGAGGCGUGAAGCGGACGAGACGCAGAAGACUGUAACCGCGAGAUCUCUUCGAAUAGCGGAGGAACAAAAGGAGUGCAAGAGACUCGAAGAACUCGCUCGAGCUGACCUCGCCACUGUCGAACCAGCUUUAAAUGAGGCCAUGAAGGCGCUGGAUGCUCUGAGCAAGAAGGACAUCUCGGAGAUAAGGUCUUUCACGCGUCCGCCGCCGAAAGUCGAGAUGGUAAUGGAAGCGGUGAUGAUCCUGAAGACCUCGGAACCGAGUUGGGCGGAGUCGAAGCGGCAACUUGCCGACGUGAACUUCCUGAACUCGCUACGAUACUUCGACAAAGACCACAUAUCGGAUCGGACGCUAAGGGCCAUUGCGAGGUACACGUCGAACCCGGAAUUCGAACCGGAGAAGGUUGGCGUGGUGUCGUUCGCCGCGAAAUCGUUGUGCAUGUGGGUCGUAGCGAUGGAGAAAUACGGGAAGCUGUUCAGGAUCGUUGCACCGAAGAGGGAGAAACUGGAGGCUGCCCUGGAGUCUCUCAGGCAGAAGGAGGCUGCGUUGAAGGAAGCGAUGCAGCAAUUGGAAAGGUUACAAGAGAAGCUGGAGAAAUUGCAGCAGAUGUAUGAUUCGAAGAUGAAGGAGAAGGAGGAACUUAUCAAACUGGCGGAACUGUUAAAAUUGAAACUGGAACGAGCUGGAAUGCUGGUGGACGGUCUCUCGGGCGAACGAAUUCGAUGGGAAAACACAGUCGCAUCUUUGGCGACGUUUUUCGACUGGCUGCCAGGUGAUUGCCUAAUAUCCACCGCCUUUGUGUCUUAUUUGGGUCCGUUCGUGUCCUACUACCGAGAGGAGCUGAUAACCAUGUGGAUGAAGGAGGUGGAGAACAAAGAAAUUCCAAACUCGCCGAAUGUCAGUGUAAUAGAAUUCUUGGCCGAUCCAGCGAUUAUCAGGGAUUGGAACAUCCUUGGUUUACCAUCCGACGACUUCAGCACCGAAAAUGGUAUCAUCGUGACCAAAGGGACCAGAUGGCCUCUGGUUAUCGAUCCUCAGUGUCAGGCAGUGAAAUGGAUCAAGAAUAUGGAGGCGAAGAAUUCUUUGAAGGUGAUCGAUUUUGGCCAAGCGGACUUCGCGCUAGUGUUGGAGCAGGCCAUCCAGUUUGGUGUACCUGUACUUCUGGAAAACGUUGGAGAGACGAUCGAUCCAGCUGUAAACCCGAUCCUCGAAAAGGCCUUCGUUAAAAUUGGCGAUCAUGUGAUGAUCAAGUUCAACGAAAAGACGAUCACUUACAACGACAAGUUCCGGUUGUUCAUGACGACGAAACUCCCGAACCCCCAUUACGCCCCGGAGAUAUCCACUAAAACAACGUUAUGCAACUUCGCCAUUAAGGAACAGGGGUUGGAAGCUCAGCUGUUGGGAAUCGUGGUGAGGAAAGAGAAGCCUCAACUGGAGGAACAGAAGGACAAUCUGGUGUUCACGAUUGCCUCCAAUAAACGAACUCUCAAAGAGUUAGAGAACAAGAUACUCUAUCUACUGAACGUGGCCGGGGACACUCUGUUAGACGACCUGGAUUUACUGAGCGCCCUGCAAUCGUCGAAAGCGACCUCAAUCUCGAUCGAGGAAUCGUUGGUGGUAUCUGAACAGACCGAGAAGGAGAUAGAUCUAGCGAGAGAGGAGUACAGAUCGUGUGCCCAACGCGCCUCGAUCCUCUUCUUCGUUCUGAACGACAUGAGUCUCAUCGACCCGAUGUACCAGUUCUCUCUGGACGCAUAUAUUACCUUGUUUAUGCUGUCGAUCGACAAAAGCCCGAAGAGUUUGAAACUAGCCGAGAGGAUCGACAGUCUGAACGAGUAUCAUACUUACGCCUUGUACAAAUACACCUGUCGUGGUUUGUUCGAGCAGCACAAGCUGCUGUUCUCCUUCAACAUGUGCAUCAAGAUAUUAGAAGCGCAGAGUAAAGUGAUGCAGGUUGAAUACGCGUUCCUGCUUCGCGGUGGAAUUGUCCUGGAUCGAAAGAGUCAGCCUGACAAGCCGGUGCCUUGGAUGCCGGACGAAAGUUGGGACAAUGUCACUGAGCUGGACAAGUUGCCUGGAUUUCAUGGAAUUGUAUCCUCCUUUGAACAGUUCCCGCGUGAUUGGAACAAUUGGUACAUCCACACAGAACCAGAGUCCAUACCACUGAUAGGGGAAUGGGAGGCAAACUGCAACGUGUUCCAAAAAAUGCUGGUGAUACGAAGCUGUCGGCCAGACAGGAUGUCCUUCUGCAUCGGGAACUUCAUCGUGUUGAAUCUCGGUCAGAGAUUCGUGGAACCUCCUGUACUCGACCUGAAAGCGGUCCUCGACGAUUCCGUCGCCCAAUCCCCGCUUAUAUUCGUUCUGUCGCCUGGUGUGGAUCCUACGAGUACCCUGAUGCAGCUGGUCGACAGCCAAGAAAUGACUAAUCACUUUAUGACUCUGUCCCUUGGUCAGGGACAGUCACCUAUCGCGACCAAAAUGAUCGAACUUGGAGCGAAAGAAGGAGCCUGGGUGUUCUUAGCAAACUGCCACUUGUCUCUCAGUUGGAUGCCGAAACUGGACAAAAUCGUGGAGACCCUUGGGUCCAGUAAAACCUUGCACCCUCAAUUCAGAUUGUGGCUUAGCUCGAGCCCUACUCCCCAGUUCCCGAUAUCGAUCCUUCAGGCUGGGAUAAAGAUGACCACCGAGCCUCCCAAAGGUUUGAAGGCAAACAUGAAACGGCUUUACGGUUUGAUAACCGAGCACCAGUUCGAGGUGUGCGAGGCAAAGUCGAAAUACAAGAAGCUUCUCUUUUCCCUGAUAUUCUUUCAUGCUGUUCUCUUGGAACGUAAGAAAUUUCAGCAACUGGGUUGGAACGUCGUUUACAGCUUCAAUGAUUCCGACUUUGUGGUAUCCGAGAACCUUUUACAAGUGUACCUCGACGAAUACCCGAUCACCCCAUGGGAAUCCCUCAAGUAUCUCAUAGCAGGCGUUUGUUACGGUGGUCACGUGACUGACGACUGGGACCGCCGAUUGCUGAUGACCUACGUCCAACAGUAUUUCAACGAGGACGCUUUGAACAUACCCCACUAUCGUUUGUCCUCGUUGCCAACCUAUUACAUUCCGAGGGAUGGUUCCUUGGAGUCCUACCGUGAUUUCAUCUCGAUAUUACCAAACGUGGAUAAGCCCGAAGCAUUCGGUCAACACCCGAACGCGGACAUUACCUGUUUGAUCAUGGAGACCAGGAAUAUGUUCGAAACUCUGAUGAGUCUUCAGGUCCAGACGGUCAGCAGAGAGGAGAUCAGCAAGGAAGAACUGGUAACCCAACUAACCGCAGACAUACUGUCGAAGAUACCGAACAAUAUCGACUACGAGACAGCUCAGAAACUGAUAGGUCCGAAGAAGACACCGUUGGACGUUGUCCUGCUUCAGGAGAUACAACGUUACAACGUGCUGCUACGGAAAACUCGUAGUAGUUUGAAGGAACUUCUGCUAGCCAUUAAGGGUCUGGUCGUAAUGUCGCCGCAGCUGGAGGAGAUCUUUACAUGCGUCCACGAGGGAAGGGUGCCCUCCGUUUGGUUGACAGCGUACCCGUCCUUGAAGCUCCUCGGAGCCUGGACCAGAGACUUGGUCAACCGUAUAGAGCACUUUAGCGAAUGGGCACAAACUACUCAUCCACCGUUGCUGUUCUGGCUGGCUGCGUUUACAUUCCCCACUGGUUUCCUUACCGCGGUACUGCAGACAUCUGCCAGGCUCUGGAACGUGUCUAUCGAUUCCCUGUCCUGGGAGUUCAAUGUUUUUACCGUUGAUGACUCGACCAUCAUCGAGCCUCCUAUGGACGGCGUGUACAUACGCUCCAUCUUUCUGGAAGGCGGUGGAUGGGACAAGAGGAUCGGUGUCCUCGUCGAGCCAGCCCCCAUGCAACUUGUUUCCCACAUGCCGGUGAUUUACUUCCGUCCCACGGAGCAGCUGAAAAAGCGAACCAAAGGACUCUACAAUUGCCCUUGCUACUAUUAUCCUGAGAGAAGCGGGGGUCAAGGACGAGCGUCAUUCGUCGUGGCGGUCGAUUUGAACGCUGGUCCGAUGGGAUCGGAUUUUUGGAUAAAAAGAGGCACUGCUCUCUUACUCAGUCUCUCCGUUUAGCUUCUUAUCAAU